AUGAGUUCCUACCAGCAGAAACAGCCCUGCCCCCCACCCCCACCGCCUCAAGAGCAGCAAGUGAAACAGCCCUGCCAGCCUCCACCGCAAGAAAUAUACAUCCCCAAACCCAAGGAGCCAUGCAUCAACAUCCCUCCACCUGGCAACCCCAACGUCCCUCAGCCUGGGAACACCAAGUUUCCACAAACGGUCCAGCCUAGAGUGCCUCAACCUGGCCAGUCCAAGUUCCCGGAGCCAUAUCCCAUAACAGUCAUUCCAGGCACAAUCCAAGAGGAGACCAAGCGGAAGUAA